AUAGCUACGGGGAGGCCAAAUGACAUGCAGUGGGGCAGCUAGGAAAAGGUUUAUAAACUUUAACAUUUGAGUUUGCACAUUUUUUUCUAUGUGCGUGCUUAUUCCCUUUGCUCCUGGAAAAAAAGUUAGUUACCGGUAUCAACAACUUUAAAACUGGUGCUUUCAAGGUGCUGCUGAACUACAAAUUCCAGCAUGCCUUGGGUUAAUAAGGAUAAUGGCAGAGGUUCAAGCAGAAAUGAAAUGAGGCAGAUGAAUUCAAACCUGAAAACCUCUCUCUCUGAGUGUAUGGAGGCCCUUGAUUUAUUUCUCAGCAACAACUUCCAGCAAGCGCUGGACCAGCUCCAGGCAAAGUCAAAAGAUAGCAUGUACCAUGCACUUACUUAUGCCACUAUGUUGGAAAUGCAAGCAAUGAUGACCUUUGAUCCACAGGACAUACUGAAUGCCGGGAACACAAUGAAAGAUGCUCAGGCAGUUUGUCAGAGGUAUAGAAAGAAAUCCACGGUGGUAGACUCUUUCAACAGCUUAGUCCAUAGACAGAGUCUUGAUCAGUUCACUGAAGAGGAGAUCCACGCAGAAGUGUGCUAUGCAGAGUGCUUACUUCAGAGAGCUGCACUAACAUUCCUACAGGAUGAAAAUAUGGUCAGUUUUAUUAAAGGAGGAAUCAAGGUCAGGAACAGUUAUCAGACAUACAAAGAGCUUCACAGCCUGCAGCAAUGUGCAAACUAUGCCAAAGGAGAGAGUCAUUGUCACUUUGAAGGUGGAGUAAAGCUGGGCGUAGGAGCUUUUAACCUGACCAUCUCCAUGUUGCCUACAAGAAUUCUGCGUCUCCUCGAAUUUGUUGGAUUUUCAGGAAAUAAGGAUUAUGGGCUGACACAACUGCAGGAGGGAACCACAGUGCACAGUUUCCGGGCCCUACUUUGCACCCUUCUGCUGCUUUGCUACCACACCUUCCUGAGGUUUGUGCUUGGGACAGGCAGUGGAAACAUUGAGGAAGCAGAAAAGCUCCUGGAGCCAUAUCUAAAGCGAUACCCAAAGGGGGCAAUAUUUCUGUUUUUUGCUGGAAGAAUUGAGGAAAUUAAAGGCAACAUUGAUAAGGCCAUAAGCCGAUUUGAGGAGUGCUGUGAGUCCCAGCAGAAUUGGAAGCAGUUUCACCAUAUGUGCUACUGGCAGCUUAUGUGGUGUUUCACGUACAAGCAGCACUGGAAAAUGGCAUAUUUCUAUGCUGAUCUCUUGAGCAAGGAGAAUUCCUGGUCAAAGGCCACAUACAUGUACAUGAAAGCCUCCUACCUCAGCAUGUUUGCAGAAGACGACUGUAAACCAUUUGGGGAUGAUGAAGUGCAACUCUUCAGACUUGUCCCAACUUUAAAACUCAAAAUAGCUGGAAAAUCUCUUCCCACUGAGAAAUUUGCAAUUCGAAAAUCCCGGAGAUAUCUUGCACAGAAACUUGUGCCCCUGCCAGUUCCUCCUUUGGAAAUGAUGUAUAUUUGGAAUGGCUAUGCAGUGAUUGGAAAGCAUCAAGAUCUGACAGAAGCAAUGCUGCAAACUCUGGUCCAGGCUGAGAAAUCUCUGGAAGGAGUCGCAGCCUAUGAAUUCCUGAUAGAUGACCAGUGUGUGGUCAAGCUGCUGAAAGGCCUCUGCUACAAAUAUAUGGGUCAGAUCCCUGAAGCAGUGAAGAGUUUCAGCUACAUACAACUCAAUGAGAAGAAGAUUAAAUAUGACCAUUACCUUAUUCCCAACGCCAUGCUGGAGCUCGCCCUCCUGUAUAUUCAGCUGGAAAUGAAAGAGGACGCCCUUCGACUUCUGGAAAAUGCCAAAAACAACUACAAGAAUUACUCCAUGGAAUCCCGCACACAUUUCAGGAUUCAGGAUGCCCUGCUACAAGCAAAAUCUGUCCAGCAAAAUGGCUGCUGAUGAAUGUUGUAAAUGUAUCCCAGUCUUAUUUAUUUCACACCCAAGGAAGAUAGUAGCGUUCACUGGACAUCUCUAGAGGAAUUCCACAUCUGCAAAGCAAGAAACUAUCAAUUGAUUGCCUCCAGGAAGAUGCUGUCUGGCAGGUUCCAUAACAAACUUACAGUGGGACAGGCUUCACACUGCUAGAAGCGAGGAAGCAAUAAUCGGCGGCACCUUCGUCGAUACAACACUAUAACAUUUUUUUAGUGGCUUUGUAAUCACUACAAUGAUCCACAGGGAUUGAGAGAUUUCAGGAAUGCUCAGAUACUACAAAAUCAGUAACGCAUAUGUUGGGUGUGAGUGCAAUGCACUUUAAAAGAACAAUUAAUGGUAUAUAAUUUAAAAAUAAUUAUAAAAUAUGUCUAUUUAUAGACUAAACCUGAAAAGGAACAAACCAUUUCAAAACAAUGUCUCGGUAUAAAAUCAAUGAAAGAGAAGUGCCUGCUCAUCAUCUGAAGAUAUAUAUAUAUUUGUAUGAAUGAAGGAAUAUAUCCCUGUAGUCAACAUGACCAUGGCCAAAGACGUCAGUAUGUAUCUGAUUUAAUUAUUAAUUAUGUUUUUUAAUGAGAAGUGGCAAUAGUCCUACCCAAACUUGAAGCGGGAAAUGUGCCACUGGGCAGCUGCUACCUGUGUUUAUGAUAUGGACAAGUGACUAAGUCACCUACAGAACAGUUGUGCUGCUUUGGAUUAAUUCAUUGUCCUGCAAGGAAUGAAACUGAAGCCAACCCUUGAAGUUACUGCCAGGAACUGUUGUAUGAGAAAACCCCAAACUUAGCACAGCACUGGUCACCUUGGCUUUCCAAAUACUAGAUUUAAUACUAGACAGAAAAGAGAGGCAGUCGAUUCUAACACAAUAUCUAUCAUAUUCUUUUCUCACAGCAGCCAUUAUAUAUUCCUUAGGCCUGCGGUGCCCUGCUUACUCCUGCUGCAACUGAACUUCCACUUCCAGCAUGGCUAGACAAAACGGAGAUGCAAGAAGUUAUUUAGGAAAAGCUAAAAGGUUGCAGGUUGGUCCUUCCUAUCCUGUAGUUUCUUGGUAUACAAACACAAUAGAAGGGCAGUGAGAAAGAAGCUUAUAGCCAUCUUAAGUCACAGUACACUCUUGGUUUUUGUUGUUGGGGGAAACAAAAAAAAUGAAAACAAUUCUUAAUAUUCCCACUAGACCAAUGUCAAGAAAACUAAAAAUGAAUGUGUGAUGUCUAAAGCACAUACCAUGAUUCUGGAUGUUAAAUCACCCAGGGAUUAUUAGGCAGGCAGUAUAACCUUUGGAAUUACUGGGUGGGUUAAGCAAUUGUUGCCUGGAAUAACGGUGUAUCAGUGUACCUACCCAAUUCCAUAUACAUUUUAAAUAUACGUACCUGUGCCAUUAUUUCAUUUUGAUUUAAAUGAAUAGUUCAGAAACAAGCAAGUUGCAGACUACUGUAAUGUAAAGCAAUUCCAAGCUCUUCUUUUAGAAAUGUGAUAUGGUUAAUGACUCAGGGCAGCAUAUCCUACAAUAAGGUUAAAGUAAUAAAGAAGCAUGUUCUUCUGAA